GGGGACGGGGGGUGGGGGGGGGUGGGGGUCCCAUUCCCCAAGCGGGCUUGUGCAAGGUGUGCGUGUUUGCUAUCAUGGGGGGGGGGGGGCGAGUUGUUCUUCUUCUUCUUCUCCGAGGUCGCCGCCAAGACGAAGCAGAAGGCAGUUCGGCAGCAGCAGCGGAAGCACCGAAAACAGGCGGCGAGAUGAAGACUUUGCUUUGCCUCGGCGUUCUACUUUGUGUCUUUGGUUCCCACGGCAGCGAUGCCAGAGUCAUCCCAGAGGGAGUGCCGUACGACGAGGCCCCCGCCGUCCCCUACUGGCCCUACUCCACCUCGGACUUCUGGAACUACGUGGAGUACUUCAGGUCCAUCGGGGCCUACAAGCACAUCGACGAGAUGGCGCGGGCCUUCUUCGCCCACCAGCAUUUGGGCGACACGCUCGGCUACGACAGCACCGCCGGCGGGCACGAGCACUGAGGGGGCCGCGAUGAGUCGGGGGGGGGACCCUGGAAGUUCCGCAAAAGGCCCAAAAUGCCGUUUUUAGUAGAGCCAUACUUGUAGAUCAAGCUGAUACUAGUCUUUUUUUUUUCUGUUUGUUUCUUUCAUGCAAUGAAGUUCAAAUAAAGCCACAAAACUAAGA